UAUAGACUAGGUCUUCUCUGAAUCAAUGAACUUCAUGGGAAUAUUGGAGAAAAAAAUCGAAUUUACCUGUCGUUUUCUUUUGUAGCCUAGUCUGUGUCACUGUAAAAUAUCGGUCAGGACAACGACAUGAUCGGGCACGUGAGUUUGUGCGGUGACAGCUAACGCGAGAGGUAAUCGAUUCUAGCUGCGUAAAACUGUGUAAAAGUAGGAAUCUAAUUGAGAGAGAGAGAGAGCAAAAGAGACAGAGACAGAAGAGCAGUCUAUAGCCGUUGAUCACCCGCCUCCAUCCAUAUAGGCUUCGAGAACUCAGUGAACAGCAGCAUCAUUCAAUGUUCUCUUCUCGUGCUGUCUCUCAAGCUCACAUCCACUCUCCCGCUCUUUGCUCGCGCAGAUGUCGACCUAAAGACCAGUCAAAUCCAUCUCUCGUCACACAAUUGCCCUUUCUAUGUAAUUGCUCGAUGUGUAUUUCACGUUAAAGUAGAAAGAUCCUGAAAACCGCUGGGCGCAAAAAGACCAAUGAUCUUUUGGGGAAUAAGAUGAACUAGUCAACCAUUUUUCCAUCUCUUUUUGGGUGCGUAGUUGGUUUGACUAGAGCAACAGUAUGGAUCUGUCAUUUAUGGCUGCACAGAUCCCAGUCAUGACAGGGGCCUUCAUGGACUCCUCACCCAAUGACAACUACAGUGCCGACCACUCGCUCUUCAACUCCUCGGCCAGCGUCCACGCUGCCUCUGCGGCUGCCUCAGCCCAGGCCCAGCAGGAUGACCAGUCUUCGUCCAGUGAUGCCAUCUGGCUCUGGAUUGCCAUCAUCGCUACUAUCGGCAACAUUGUGGUGGUGGGAGUGGUCUACGCAUUCACAUUCUGAUCCAUCUCUCCUUGACGCCCACCUAGCCAAAAAUUAGAGAGCCUCCCCAUGGGAGAACGUGAUAAAAGACAAAGGACAAAUAUCACAUACUGAAUUAUCAAAGGGCUCUGGGAUGCGGAUGCUGGCUAUGGUGUGGGGGUUCUAUAGUUGAAGCUUCAGCAUCAUUCACUUUCAAUAGAAAAAAGUUUCAGUAUACGAACAGUAUACACAGUACGCAAGUUCAACUGGAGGCAGAAGGGUAUUUUCAACUUUAGUCACCUAAUUUUCAGUGGACAUCAUGCUCCUGAAUGUUGUGUUGCAUUGUGGGGCUGAAGGGGCUUACAGAUAGAUACAGGGUGAACUGGACCAUCUUAAAAUGUCCCCCAGAUAGAAGAGAGGCAAUUAAGAGGAGUGCUGCUUAAUUAUUGGGAUGAACAGAGACGUGACUCUUAAAACAUUUAUGGGACUCUGGGAUUACUUCUGCAUUAGCCAUGUGAUCAGCUUCUUACAGCAUGUUAUCUGUUCUGCCAAAGGAAGGCUCAAAGUAUUAGAUUUCCUUUGUAAUAUCGACAGAAAAUGGACCAACGGACACUGGCUUUAAUGAAACAUUCCUGCAUCAUCCUUUUGGAUCUGCCAACUGAUAUUGCUUCUCAGUUUCUUUAGCAAUGCCACACCAGUUUAUGGUCCAAUUACAUUUACAUUUUAGUCAUUUAGCAGACGCUCUUAUCCAGAGCGACUUACAGUAGAGUGCAUACAUUUUAUUACAUUUUUUACAUUUCAUUACAUUUUACAUACUGAGACGAGGAUAUCCCUACCGGCCAAACCCUCCCUAACCCGGACGACGCUAUGCCAAUUGUGCGUCGCCCCACGGACCUCCCGGUUGCGGCCGGCUGCGACAGAGCCUGGGCGCGAACCCAGCCCAGCCUGGGAGACUCUGGGUGCAGAGUCUCCCAGCCCAGCCCAGCCUGGGAGACUCUGGUGGCAGUGCCCUAGACCACUGCGCCACCCGGGAGGCUAAAUAAAGACAAUCACUCACCGUCUAAUUUACUCUGAUCACAACAGCAAAUUCGUCAUCUGAAACAUUACUUAUUACACUAAACAAUACAAAUACAUCUAUCAAAGACAUUUAACUUUUUUACAACAAAUCUCAGUAUACGACUGAGGCAGACUUGAAGGAUAUAAGCACAGUUUACAUGAGCAGGAAAAAUCCUGUACAGCUUUAUUUUGUCAAAGCUUAAUUGUUAUUUAGCUACCUUCUUUGGAGUCUUUACGUGCUGUAUGAUCUAAAUAAGUGGGGUAAUAGAAAGGCUGGGCGUUUUUCUAUCUGUUUCCUACAAGCUGGGUUCUUUACAUUCACAACUGUGCAGUGAAAUAGCUUUGUGCUGCGGUAUGUCCAAAGGCAGUUGUUACAAUGGCGAUUAAUCCACGUCCCUUAAUUGAGAAUAUUAACAGGCUCUUUUCAAGACGCGAGCGAGGCCCCUGGUGUCACCACAACACACAUUCUAGUGUACAUGGAUGUUAGGGAGAUCAUUUCUUUAGGUUAUCACAGUGACAGUGCUAUGAGUUUGUAUCAAAAUGAUUGGCUGAUUUCUGUCUAGAACGGAACUGAAAAGAACAUACAAUACCCACUAAAUGAUGAUGGAGAUUGCUUGGUAAAUGUGAUGGUUUGAUAAAAACAUGCUCAAUCUCAGCCUCUAAGCUUUCUGUUCCGCUGAGAAGAGCUGAUACAGGAAAGAGUCGCUCCUUUCUUGAUUUUCUUUUGUCUUCUUUCAAGGAGAUGGUUGUUCUUGAAUGUUGUCUGGCUUGCCUCAUAAGCUGUAAGUGUAAUUAUCUAAGAGAGAGUGAUAAACAUCUAUUUGAGCCAAGUUCUCUAUUAUAGCCAGUGAGUUAUAUCAGCCACAUUAUUAAAUGAAUUAUGAAUAAUAUUCGGAUGCUGAAGUGAAUAGCCAUUUUCUUGUGUAUACAUCCCCCACUCUUGAGCUGAUGCAGAAUGUCAACCCACUGGGCACAGACGUCAUUGAAACAAAAACAACGUUGAUUCAACCAGUGUGUGCCCAGUGGGAAAAUGUAUUCCAGCAACCUUUUUGACAUAUUUUUGUAACAUGAUAUAUUAUUUUAAGCUACAGGGCAUCAUGUAGUGUUAUCGAUAAACUAUUUAAGGAUCUUGGUAGGGGCUGUUAGUAUUCAAUUAUAUGUCUUAUGUGAUCUUGAUAAAAUAAGACUUUGUAGUAAGACUAUCUACUGUAAAAGGUUGUAGAGGGUUUCUCAUGUCAUGGUAUACACUGUACGUAUUGGUAUUUCUACAACAUACGCUAAGAACUUACUUACAUUACCCAGAACUUUCAACAAAUUGUAAUAUUUAAAUCCCCAAAUUAGGAGGUAAUAAUAUAAUGAUGAGAUAAGGUCUUCCAAAGACCGUUACUUUAUUUUCUAAUAAGAGGUGAAUGUGUGAGUGUUUAGCAAUGUUGUAAUUCACAUAAAUUACACAAUAUUAUUUUUUGUAAGAACAUCUAUUACUAUUAAAGUUUCAGGGUUGCUGUA